GCUGCCAUGGCGGGCCCGGCCCCGGGCUGGGCGCCCACCCACGUGCGGGUGACGGUGCUGCGGGCGCGGGGGCUGCGCGCCAAGGCGGCGGCGGGCGGCAGCGACGCGUACGCGGUGAUGGCGCUGGGCCGCGACAAGUUCCGCACGUCGGUGGCCGAGCGGUGCCGGGGGGAGCCGCUGUGGCGGGAGGAGGCCACGUUCGAGCUGCCGGCGCGGCCCGCCGCGCUGCGCCUCACGGUGCUGCACCGCGCCCUGGCCGGCGCCGACAAGUUCCUGGGCCGCGCCGAGGUGGAGCUGGCCGCGCUGAGGGACGGCGGCGGCCCGCGGCACACCAGGUGGUACAAGCUUCGCUCCAAGCCAGGGAAGAAGGAAAAAGAGAGAGGGGAGAUCGAGGUGGAUAUCCAGUUCAUGAGGAGCAGCAUGACAGCCAGCAUGUUUGACCUGUCCAUGAAGGACAAGCCCCGCUCUCCCUUCGGGAAGCUCAAAGACAAGCUCAAGGGCAAGAGGAGCAGUGGCCUCUCGGACACGGCGUCGGAGAUCGUCCCCAGCACCUCGCACUCCCCUGCUGACAGCGAGGAUGAGGCUGUGGAGAAGGAGAAGAAGAAAUCCAAGUUCAAAGCGCUGUUCUCCAAGCCUGGCCUGCAGAAGACGUCCCUGUCCCAGUCCAUGUCAGUGCUGCCCACUCAGCAGCCCCUCACCCAGAGGGUUCGGCUGCGGCCCAGCGACUUCCAGGCGCAGUGGGAUGAGGAGGAGCCCGAGACCUCUCCUGCCUCAGAACGAUCCUUUGAAAGUGUGCCGGAACAGAAGCCAGCUCCUUCUCCUCUGUUUAAAUCUCGUAAACCAGCCUUUUUGGACAGUAGGCAGCUAACCCAAGGAACCACUAACCACACCAAAAAGGAUGGCCUCUCUUUGUUCAGUGGCCUUAAAUCCAAAAGUGAUCCCAUGUCCAAGUCUAGUCUGUGCAUCAAUGGCAGUCAUAUCUAUAUGGAAGAGACCAUGACGAAGGACAAGACUCCAACCUCUUCCCCCUCUCCUCACAACCUCAGGAGGAAGCAGCUCUUUGCUUCAGAGGAGAACCUGUCCUCCAGGUCCAUUAAAUCACCUGAAGAGAUAGGGAGAACCUCUCCUGGGCAGGCUUUCUCUGGGUCCACAUCCUUGGAGACCUUCAAGUCCAUGACUUUGCCAUCAUACAAACUGCUGAGCAGUGAGGAGCACCUGGACACCAGCGUUCCACCAAGCAUCGAGGCUGUUAGAGAGACCAAAAAACCAGAGCACAAAAAGUCUGCCUUGCUCUCCCUGGUCACUGGGAAGAAGGAAACGGUGAAGCCCAGCGAUGCUGAGAUUAUUCCCGACAGGACCCUGCAGAGUGAGGGUACAAUUCCAGAAGAGAAGAGUGAAGAGGAGGCCAAAUGCCCUGAAGCCCCAGCAGCUCUGGGCAGAAGGAGCCCGUCAGGAGACGCUCAGCACGUGGAGGAGGCCGUCACAACCAAGCAGCAGCUCGGCCCUUGUGAGGAGGAGUGGAAACCCGAGAAAGCUGCACCAGCCAAGACCAAAGCUGUGAAACCCAGACUCCAUCCUGUGAAGCCAAUGAAUGCCAUGGCUAACAAGCCUCAGAGCAAGAACUUGAAUGUCAUCAGCACCAUGAAUGAAAAGCUGCUGGAAAUGAGUGUGAAGAAAUACGAUCCCUCAGACCCUGCCUAUGCCUAUGCUCAGCUGACACACGAUGAGCUGAUCCAGCUGGUGCUGAAACAGAAGGAUACCAUUACCAGGAAGGACCUCCAGGUGCGGGAGCUCGAGGACUACAUCGACAACCUGCUUGUCAGAGUCAUGGAAGAAACCCCAAACAUCCUCCGUGUUUCCAUGUCUGGCAACAGAAAAGCUGGGAAGAUGUGA